AUGGCUACCCCUAGCGUUCUAGUCUUUGAUGCUGAGGGUCGGGCUGUUGACUUUGAGGUCUGGGUCGAUGAUCUACAGCAUUUCCUACAGUGCGAUAGGAAGGACAGUCUCUCACUGUUCGAUCUCAAAUCUGGCGCCUCUGCUGCCCCUGCUGCCGAUGCUGACAGCACUGUUCGCUCACAGUGGGCCACACGCGAUGCUGCUGCCCGUCUUGCUGUGCGUAGUCACUUAGCGUCCACUGAGCGCGCGCACUUUAGUCAGUACAAAAGUGCUAAGACCUUGUACGAUGCUGUAGUUGCACGCUACUCUUCCCCUGCCACUGCUGCCCUUAGCCGCCUCAUGCUGCCGUACCUGUUUCCUGACCUCGCCGCCUUUUGCAUAGUCGCUGACCUCAUUACGCACCUUCGCACUAGUGACACUCGCUACCGCGCUGCGCUUCCUGCUGAGUUCUGCGCCAAGAACCCCCCCCCCAUGUACAUCACCCUUUACUACAUAGUCACCCGGCUCCCUGACUCCCUUUGCUCGGUCAGGGACCACUUCCUCUCUGUUUGCCCCACCACUCUCACCGUUGACCUCUUCCUGGCAGUCCUGGUAGCUGAGAAGAGUAUAGUUGCUGUAGGAGCCUCUCGUGGUGACCCUCGUGCCCCCUUCUUUGAGGGGUGCUCCCCCUCCCCCCUUUUGCCCUCUAAUGCCUCUGCUGCUGCCGUCGACAUUGUUGGCACCGAGCCGGUCGGCGCUGCGUCUGCCCCUAGCGGGAGACGCCGCACCGGCAAGGGCAAGGGGGGCAAGGGCGCUGGAGGGGCUGGUGGGGGCGGUGGAGGUGGCGGUGGAGGCGGCGGAGGGAGUGGGGGUGGCGGUGGGAGUGGUGGUGGGGGUGGGGGCUUCGGUGGCGGCGGUGGAGGCGGAGGCGGCGGCGAUGGAGGGGGAGGCGGCGGAGGCGGUGGCGGUGGGAGCGGAAUAGGCGGCAGUGGUGGAAGUGGCGGCGGCGGAGGUGGAGCUGGUCGGGGUGGCUCUGCGCAGCCGGGCGGCUUUGGUGGUGGUCAGCGCCAGCAGCAGCAGCGAACUCAUGAGGCCCCGCCCCCCCAGCAGCUUCGUGAGUGGUACGUUGCGCGUCAGCAGGGUGGGGGUGCUGGUCCUUGUGCCGACGUCCCGCGUACCGGCGACCGCACUGGUGAGCCGUCGGGGGUUGCUAUCUUUGAUCUAGAUUAUGAUGCUAUUCUUGCUGCCAUGUAUGUUGUGUCUACUAGUGAUGAGGGUGACUGUUACCUGUCUGUUCCGCCUGACCCGGGCAUUGAGGCUACUGCUCUAGCUGCUGGUGAGGCUGCUGCUCUAGGUGCUAGUGCGUUUGCUGCCCCAGGUGCAGGUGAGUCUGCUCUCUCAGGUACCACGUCGGCUCAGGCCUUACACACCUUCACUCUUGACUCGGGUGCUUCCCGCUCCUUCUUUCGAGACCGCACCACGCCUACGCCGCUUAGUCGGCCAGUUGCGGUCUCCCUGGCGGACCCCUCUGGGGGUCCUGUCCUUGCCCACUUCUCCGCUGUCUUACGGUGUCCAGCGGCCCCUUCUGGCACCCUGUCAGGUCUCUACCUCCCCUCGUUCUCUACAAACUUGGUGAGUGGUGCUGAUCUACAGGAUGGGGGGGUUGACCAGUUUACUCCUGCGAGUGUGUCCUAG